GCGUCCCCCGUCGUCCAUACACACACACACACGUUUGUGCGCGUGCCCCGUCCAUCCUGCUGCUGCUAGCGACCGAGCGAUCCUCUUGCAACUGUUCCAUCGAUCGAUGAAGAGCUUCCUAUUCCCGGAGCGGCAGCGGCGGCAGCAGCACGACGAGGAGGGGGCAGCGUUGGUGCCGCCGCCUGCCCUGAGGGAGAUCGAGUGCAAGGGCGACGACGGAGCGGAUCAUCAUGAUCCGGCGCCGGCGGUCCAGCUGGAGCGUCAGUACUGCUCUGAUGGGACGACGACGGAACAGCGGCAGGCAAAGCCGGCGUGGUGGAGAGGGCAGCUGGUGCCGACGAGGGGCGUGGGGCUGGUCAUCGGCGGUCUCGUCGUCCUGGCCUUGCUCCUCGGCGCCACCGUCAGCUGGUGGCCGAUCCACCUCGACUACUCAUCGUCGUCGUUCCUGCUGGGCGGCGGCAUCCGGCAGCACCGACCACGGCCUCCUCACCACGCUCGCUCGCCUGCAGCGAACCUCAUACCGAUACCCUUCAGCUGCGGUGGCAGUGGCAACACCACGUCCUCCUCCGGAACAUCCCCCUCGCCAUCGCCAUCGCCAUCAGCAUCAGCGGCGGGACGCGCACCAGCAGCUCCGCCUCCGCCUCCGCCUCCGCCGCUGUGCCCUCAGUACUUCCGCCACAUCCACUCGGACCUUUCGCCAUGGCGCGAGACGGGGAUCACGCGCGAGGCGGUGGAGCGCGGGCGCGGCCGCGCGGCGUUCCGGCUGGUGGUGGUGGGCGGGCGCGCGUACGUGGAGACGUACCACCGCGUGUUCCAGACGCGGGACACGUUCACGCAGUGGGGCAUCGCGCAGCUGCUGGCGCGCUACCCGGGCCGCGUCCCGGACCUGGACCUCAUGUUCAACUGCGAGGACAUGCCCGAGGUGCGCGCCGCGGACUUCCCCGUUCCGUCGGAGGCGCCGCCGCUGUUCCGCUACUGCAAGGACGACGCCACGCUGGACAUCGUCUUCCCGGACUGGUCCUUCUGGGGCUGGCCCGAAGUCAACAUCCGCCCCUGGGCGCCGCUGCUGGAGGAGAUGGCGCGCGAGACCCGCCGCCUGCCGUGGACGGAGAGGGAGCCCUACGCGUACUGGAAAGGAAACCCCGGCGUGUCAGCCGCGCGCGCUGACCUCCUCCGCUGCAACACCUCCAGAGAAGGCAAGGAAUGGAACGUGCGCGCGUUCCGGCAGGACUGGGGCGCCGCCAUUCGAGCCGGCUUCAGGGACUCGAACCUGGCGAAGCAGUGCAGGUACAUGUACAAGAUCUUCGUGCAGGGGCGGUCGUGGUCGGUGAGCGAGAAGUAUAUCCUGGCCUGCGACUCGCCCAUGCUGCUGGUGGCCACUCCCUUCAAGGACUUCUUCUCCCGGGGGCUCGUCGCCGGGAAGCACUACUGGCCCAUCGACCCCGCACGCAAGUGCACCGCCAUCAAGUUCGCCGUGGACUGGGGCAACGCGCACCCGGCGCAGGCGCAGCGGAUGGCCGAGGAAGGCAGCGGCUUCGCGCGGGAGGAGCUGAGCAUGGACUACGUGUACGACUACAUGCUGCACCUGCUCACCGAGUACGCGCGCCUGCUCCGCUACAGGCCCACCGUGCCGGAGAAGGCCGUGGAACUCCGCCCCGAGACCAUCGCGUGCCCCGCGGACGGCCGAGACAGAGACUUCAUGAUGGAGUCGAUGGAGAGGUACGUCGCCGACUACGAGCCAUGCACGCUGCCGCCGCCCUUCACCGCCCAAGAGCUCAGGGACAUGGCCCACAGGGACGACGAGCUGCGCCGGAAAGUGCAAAAGAUGAUGGAGAAGCAGAGCUAGCUACCUUAGCUUAAUUAUUAUAUUAGCUACACCGUACCGUACCGUACCUUACCUUACCAGGUCGCGAUUUGUUAUCCUCAUCUCAUUUGGAGUAGUAAAGUAAUUACUAUAGCAGAUAGGGAGAUCUAGCAAAGAACUACGAGCAAUACAAAAGUCCUUUUUCUUUCUUCGAUGGAUGCACUGUAUUUUCGAUCGGAGGCAGCAUAUAUACACUUUGCCAUUCAAAUUUAACGACAUUAUAUUAUUGCACUUUUCACUAAA